UAGAGAGGCUAGUACUCGGCAGAAUAUUUUGAAGCAGUGGAAGCAGGAAGGGGGGAGGAAAGCCAUGAUGUCCAAGUUGAAUUUCGAGAAAGAGGCAGUCUUCCGAACUGCUGCUGCCGUGAUCUCCCUCUCCAUGGCCAGCAAGGCCACUGGAGAUCGGUCACGAGUUUCAGAGGCAGCGGCAACUCUCCAGAUCGGGAAAGUGUUGGGUGUCGACUGUGAUGGCAAGGAGGAGGUGAUUCUUAGUAAGCUAGAGGAAUUAGAGGCCAAUGAUAAAUGAAGAGUGGUCAGGAGGAGUGAUGGAGCCAGUUGAGCUGCAAGGUUCAAGGUGGUUAUGGAGUAUAUAUUAAAUUGUAAUGAAGAUACAAUCUUGGAAUGUUAGAGGCUUGGGUAGACCUACGAAAAGGAGAAAGAUUAUACAAAGCCUAGCAGAAAGGAAAGUUAGUUUGGUGUUGAUCCAAGAAACAAAGUCCUCUUCUAUCACUUCUGAAGUAGUUAGUUCCAUCUGGUAUGAGGACAUUUUUGCGUAUUUAGCUGUGGAUGCGGAAGGCCAUGCUGGUGGGCUGCUCUGUAUAUGGAAUCCGAGGGUGUUCCAGCUCAAGGCUUGCUGUGGUCAUUGCAAUUUCAUACUCUUGGCAGGUACUUUCUUCUCCUCUUUUAACUGUGUAGUGGUUAAUGUGUAUGGCCCAUCGGAUGUGGCUAAAAGGCAAGAAGUCUGGGAUAUUUUUGCUUGGCUGAAGACUAAUUUUUUGGGGCUAUGGUGUAUGGGGGGAGACUUCAAUGAAAUAAGAAACAUUUCUGAAAGAAUUGGAUGUUCUAGACGUGACAGAGGAAUGACGGAUUUUAAUUCCAUGAUAGAUCAAUUAGAACUGUUUGAUGUACCAAUGCUGGGGAGGAAGUUUACAUGGUGCAAUUCACAAAUAAGCGAGAAGUGGAGUCGAAUAGAUAGAUUCUUGCUUGAUCCUGAAUGGCUAGAAAAUUUCAAUCUUAAGCUAUGGGGACUCUCCAGGCAGCUGUCUGACCACUACCCUAUACUUCUGAUGGAGGAUGAAAGGGAUUGGGGUCUGCGACCUUUUCGGUUCCUCAAUACGUGGGCUGCUCACCCUACCUUCGUAUCUGUAGUGGAGAAAACUUAGUCAGAAUAUCAGGUUGAAGGGUGGGCGGGUUUCCGCUAUCUCAUGAAGUUUAAAGCUCUGAAACAGAAACUAAAUGUGUGGAAUUUCGCUGUGUUUGGGCUGAUUCAAUGCUGAUGGAGUUCAACCAUAACCUGCUGUGUUUCUAGCUAGCACUGGUUUGCUGUCGGUUUUUGGUUGGUGGUCUAGCACUUGGUUGCUGAAGUUGGCAUUUGGUUGUUUGGCACUUGGUUGGUUGAAUUGGUUGAUGGUCUGAGCACUUGUUCCUUUGUUUUUUGCUGCUGCAGUCUGCAGUUUGGUGGUCUGCUGCUGUAUUGGAGGAGUUUGCUUUUUGAAUUGGUUUGGCUUAGGUUCAUGUAUGCAAAAGUCUGCCUCCCUGUUGCUGUGUCUGCUGUGCUUAUUCUGUUUUGUUCUGUUUGUUUCACUUCGUUUCGGGUUUGGUUCCUCACCAAAUUCCUGGGGUUACCCUUGCAAAUGAUAGGGCUUUCUUCAUGGUCCCAACGUAGUUGGGAUUGGGUUUGAUUGCUAUGAUGCAGGUUGCUCUCCCCCUCCUUCCC